AUGAAAGCAGUCCAGCCAUGGCUAUCCUGUAUCAUCUUCAUCCUGCUGAUGAAUCUAUCCAAUCAGCUUGAAGAGAAUAAGAUUGCCAGCCUGUGCUCCGGACAGCCUGGUAUUCCGGGGUCUCCUGGGGGGCACGGCAGCCCUGGGGUGUCCGGUACGGAGGGUGCUACUGGUGACCGGGGUGAUCCAGGAGAGAAAGGGGAGCGGGGGCGACAGGGGGAGUGUGCUGUCCCCCCAAAAUCUGCCUUCAGUGCAAAGAUGUCGGAGGGGCGUAGCAUACCUACUGCGGGCGAAGCAGUGCGCUUUGAUCAUGUACUGCUGAACGAACAGGGCGAUUACGAUGCAGAAACGGGGCGCUUCACCUGCAAAGUGCCCGGUGUGUACUAUUUCACCGUCCACGCCACCGUCUACCGCGCCAGCCUGCAGUUCGACCUGAUGAAGAACAGCCUCACAGCCGCCUCCUACUUCCAGUUUUACGGGAACUGGCCCAAGCCGGCUUCGCUGACCGGGGGCUCUCUCUUGCACCUGGUGCCGGGGGACACGGUCUGGGUGCAGAUGGCCUUAAGUGAAUACAACGGCCUCUACUCCAGCCCCAAAACCGACAGCACUUUCACCGGCUUCCUCCUUUACUCUGACUGGAAGAGCUCAGCUGUGUUUGCUGAACCAGCGGGCCAUAUCACGCAGCUCUGA